AUGUCUAACUCCAAGCUCACAGGAAUAUUUACGACUGAAUCUGACAAAUUAAAGCAUUCGAUCGCAGGAGCAGUAGCUGGUUGCGUUAGCUCAGUGGUCACCUGUCCUUUGGAUGUGGUGAAGACUAGGCUACAGAACCAAAGGAAAGAAAGGAAAGGGAGUAACAGUGUGCCUUUGUAUAAAGGAACUGGCGGUACACUGAAACGCAUAUGGAACGAAGAAGGGAUACGUGGUUUAUAUCGUGGUCUUGGUCCUACGUUGUAUGGCUACCUUCCUACCUGGGCUAUCUAUUUUAGCGCGUACGACCACUUUAAAAGGGCUUUUGGAGCAGAACGAACAGAUCACCAGUCGAUGGUUCACAUUUUUGCGGCCAUGGGUGCAGGCGCCACGAGUACUGUCGUUACCAAUCCAUUAUGGGUUAUUAAGACUCGAUUCAUGACGCAGAAUGUCACAAGCACACAUAAGUAUCACAAUACAUUCCAUGCUUUCAAGAUUAUUCUUCGUACAGAAGGUGUCAGAGGAUUCUAUAAGGGUCUUGGACCAUCUUUAAUGGGUGUGAGUCACGUAGCUGUGCAGUUUCCAUUAUAUGAGAAGAUGAAAUUAUUGCUUAACUCUUCGGAUCAAGAGGAGCUUUCGUACCCGGCGAUUCUCUUUGCAUCUAUUGUCUCCAAGAUGGCAGCGUCGCUGGCCACUUACCCACACGAAGUCGUGAGGACCCGUCUCCAAAGUCAAUCCACACAACCUCAUAGAUAUCACGGCAUGUGUCAUGCUGUCAAAGUGAUUUACCGGGAAGAGGGUUGGGAGAUUGAAUGCAGGGUCUACCAAAGGCGGUUAGUGACUACCGCGUGGUCAGUACUUAACCUUGGUUCCAACAGGCAUGUGGUCGUAGUCAAGGUCAACUCAAUUACGGCUGUUGCACGGCACCUUUGA